CCACCCACCACUCUUUUUCUUGCACUCACUCCCAAGUUUUCAAGUUCACCUGCAACAGCAACACGAGAGCCACUCAGUGAUCGCUUCUCUUCUUCUUCAUCUUACUGUGUCAGGUUCGAUCAUCGUUUGGAACUUGUUACUAUGCACCGUUUGUGUUCUCUGCAGUUCGAUCAUCGCUCGUAACUAGGUGAAGUUGGUUGCAUAUGUUCGUAUUUGGCUAUUGAAUGAAUUGCACUAGUGUUCUGCUGCAAAUUUUUUGACAUAUAUUGGUGACGGGAUAUUUUCUAGAUGGGGGGAGCAUGUUCUAGGAAGCAAGAGUGGGAUAACGAAGAUAGUCUUAUCAGAGGACUACCACGAAGAUAUUGCAAAUGCGGAAGUUUGAAAUGGUGGACAUCCUCUUUUUCUUAUCCAUCUGUAGAUUUUCACCUACGAAAAGGAGAAUGUCCGUCACUGUUGGACUUAUGCAUACAGAAAAUAAACGAGGAUAUUGAUAAAUAUAACACAUUUUCUAUGCUACCACGAGAUAUAAGUCAGCUAAUUUUCAAUAAUUUGGUUUACUCCCGAUGUCUAACCAGUGCUUCCCUUGAAGCUUUUCGAGAUUGUGCUCUCCAGGAUCUUUACUUGGGAGAAUAUGAUGGUGUUAAUGAUAAUUGGAUGGGCGUCAUCUCAUCCCAGGGUUCAUCUUUACUUUCUGUGGAUCUUUCUGGGUCUGAUGUCACUGAUUUAGGGCUGACAUACCUUAAAGAUUGUGAAAGUCUCAUUUCCUUAAAUCUAAAUUACUGUGACCAAAUUUCAGAUCGUGGACUAGAGUGUAUCAAUGGUCUGUCAAACUUGACAAGUUUGAGUUUCAGAAGAAAUGAUUCAAUUUCUGCUCAAGGAAUGAGUGCCUUUUCCGGUCUUGUUAACUUGGUCAAGUUGGAUUUGGAGAGAUGUCCCGGGAUUCAUGGAGGCCUUGUUCAUCUUCGAGGUUUGACCAAGUUGGAAUCUCUCAAUUUGAAGUGGUGUAACUGCAUAAAAGAUUAUGAUAUGAAACCUCUUUCAGAGCUUGCAAGCCUGAAAAGUCUAGAGAUUUCUUCCAGUGACGUCACUGAUUUUGGCAUCAGUUUUCUAAAAGGGUUACAGAAGCUUGCCCUUUUAAAUUUGGAAGGGUGCCUUGUAACAGCUGCAUGCUUGGAUUCUCUUGCAGAGCUUCCUGCACUGUCAAACUUGAAUCUUAAUAGAUGCCUUCUCUCUGACAAUGGGUGCAAAAAAUUUUCACGACUCGAAAAUUUGAAAGUAUUAAACUUGGGAUUUAAUGUCAUAACAGAUGCAUGUUUAGUUCACUUGAAAGGAUUGACAAAGUUGGAGAGCUUGAACCUUGAUUCUUGUAAGAUUGGUGAUGAAGGAUUGGUCAAUUUGGCUGGCCAUAAACAAUUGAACUGCUUGGAAUUGUCGGAUACAGAAGUUGGAAGCAAUGGGCUACACCAUUUAUCAGGGUUGUCUAGUCUGCAGAAAAUAAAUCUGUCUUUUACCAUGAUUAGUGAUAGUAGUUUAAGGAAAUUGUGCGGACUCUCAUCUCUGAAGUCACUUAAUUUGGAUGCUUACCAAAUUACUGAUGCUGGGCUGGCAAACCUUACAAGUUUGACUGGCCUCACUGACCUGGAUUUGUUUGGUGCACGAAUCACAGAUUUUGGGACAAACUAUUUGAAAAAAUUUAAGAACCUGAGGUCCUUGGAAAUAUGCGGUGGAGGAUUGACUGAUACUGGUGUGAAAAAUAUUAAAGAGCUUUCUUCUCUAGUGUGCUUAAAUUUAUCACAAAACAGCAACCUUACAGACAAAACCCUGGAGUUAAUUUCUGGGCUUACUGGGUUGGUUUCUUUGAAUGUUUCAAAUUCUCGUAUCACUAAUGCUGGACUGCAGCAUUUGAAGACACUGAAGAACUUGAGAUCUCUGACAUUGGAGUCCUGUAAGGUGACAGCAAAUGACAUCAAGAAACUGAAAUCAAUGUACCUCCCAAAUUUGGUAAGCUUUCGGCCUGGGUAGUUAUUGCGGUAUUCUGAUAUGUGUAUAUGUAUAUAUUAUUAUACUUAUAUAUGUCAGUGGUACUGAAGUCGUAUCUUAGAGAAGAAUGGAAAGACAACCUCAAAUUGUACAUAGGCUAUAAUAAUGACUUUAUGGAAGGUGUAAUUCUGCUUGUGCUGCGAAGUUUUGUUGUUUUAUUGUAAAUGUAUAUGUAUAUGAUAUGACGAAAAAGAAUGAUGCAGGGACGUGUUUUCUACGCCUUUAGUAUUUAAGGUGAAAAAUGGGCGAAUAAACCUUUUAUCAGCAGAUGUUAAUAGAUUAAUAUUUCACUUUU